GCCUGCCCAUCUCUCCCUGCCUCAGUCAGCGUAGUGGAGGAAGCCAGCGCAGUCCCACAGCUGCGCUCUCUCUCUGCAGCACACGCCGUUAAUCACAGACUCGCUCUGCAGAAAAAGACAAAAAAAUAAGGGGGAGAAGACCAGGAGGAGAUGAAGGGGCCGACAGCAGAGGCAGGGGCGUCUAGAUGAGGGCAGGCACAACUGCAGAAGCGGCCAGGAGUGGAUCUGUACUUUGCCUCAUCUAAUUAAAGCAAGAUUACCUGAGUGAGGGACUGAAAUGGCACCAGAGCACUGAGAUGCAGCAGGAGAGAAGAGGAGGAAGAGGAAGCAAGCGGAUUCUCCCCUGACACAGAACAGACAGGACGGCAGAGUGUCUGGCAGAGGAAGUGUCGGGGUCCAGAGCAGGCGAGAGAGCGUGCGAGAGGGAGGCAGACAGAGAGGAGAGCAUCUUUUUCUUGGGAGGAAGAAUUGCUGGGCUCAGAGGAAGAAACGACUGAGCGAGAGUCCGAGCAAGGAAAUUAGACUGCCACGCUGCUGGAGGAGGCGAGCUCCCCAACUUCAGCGAGCGUUCCAGCCGUUUGGGGAGCGAUCGCAGGCUGUCGGACGCAGAGAGCGGCGCCUCCUCAUCUGAGGAGACAAGUGAAGGUGUGGAUGGAAGGAGAGAAGCCUGUCAGUGACAGACGAGCAGACGGAUAACAGGAGGAGAGGACAGGAGCUGAAACACUGCGCAGUGUCAACCUGCUGGACGUGUUCACUGACACUCAAAGCUCCUUUUCCUCCGUCUUGCAGAAUAGCCUCCAUUCCUGCCACCUCUCACCCUGCGGCUGCCCUCGCGUUCCACCCCUGGCUCCCUCUCCUCUUCACCUCCUUCUCUCUUAUGCACUCAGAGGAGCACGACGUCGACUUGCCCUGACUCUGGUCCUGACCCCAAGGGGGGGCUGGAGCAGAUGCAGCUGGAGUGGGAGCCCCGGCCUGGUAACCCUCAGAAUCCCCAUCCCCGUGAGACUGCCCUCCACUGGUGAGGAGAAGAACUACAUGCUGUCAAUAAUCCAAAAAAAAUAAUUUGGGAGUAAUGAGAGGAACGACAUGAUGGACAGCGGACCGAGGGAGGUGGCAAAAAACACAUGAGGGUGCAGUGGACCCACAGACGGAGGUACGAGCGGAAGAGCAUGGCGGCCUGGCUCCACUGCCCACUGUUUCAGACGACCCAGUACCUCAGGGAGAAGCUGAGCUCAUGCUGACAGCAGAAAAGGCACCGGCGGAUGGGGGGGUGCGGUGUCAAGUUCCCAUUCUCCUGAACUGAAACGGAUACAAAAUCCCAAACUGAAACCCAGGACUCCCCUACAUGCCGUCCAUGCGUCCCGGGAAAAGGAGGAGGGUCCCCGUAACCCCCGGACCUGCCAGUGACGGCCUCCCUGGGCACCCCCUGGCACGCGGAGCUGAUUUGAACCCUCGGCUAGCACAGACAGUGAAGGUCUGUGAGUAACCCCCAUCUACAAUGCCACAAAUCUCACCCCAACACCCAUCCCGUAAGCCGAGCCCAUCCCUCACUCAGCUGCUGCCUGCAGCUGUCCAGCCUCCGAGUGCCUCACUGCCUGAUGAUUCCUCCACGAAGCUCCCGAGUCCCAGCAAACCUCUCCAGCCAUUUGUGAAGCUCCAGCUCCACAUCUGCUCUGCCUCAGCAGUACGCGGCUCUGCCCUGCUUCCUUUUCAUUGGCUGGCCUUGGUCACCAGCACCUGCCUAUUGCCUGCCCUGUGGGGGAGGAGCCUGGGGGCGUCAGCGGGUGAGACGUGGGGCAUGGUGUCUACCUGCCCCUUCCACUGCGUGUGCCGGAACCUGUCAGAGUCGCUGAGCACCCUGUGCGCUGACAAGGGCCUCCUGUUCGUGCCACCCAACAUCGACCGGCGCACCGUGGAGCUCCGGCUGGCCGACAACUUCAUCCGCGAGGUGGGCGGCGACGACUUCGCCAACAUGACAGGCCUGGUGGACCUGACCCUGUCCCGGAACACUAUUCAUGCCAUCCGGCCGCUGGCCUUUGCUGACCUGGAGAGCCUGCGCUCGCUGCACCUGGAUGGCAACCGGCUGACAGUGGUUGGCCCACGCGACCUGACGGGCCUACUCAACCUGCAGCACCUCAUUGUCAACAACAACCAGCUGACCGACGUGUCGCCCGAUGCCUUCGACGACUUCCUGCCUACGCUCGAGGAUCUGGACCUGUCUUACAACAACCUGCGCAAGGUGCCCUGGGAAGCCAUCCAGAACAUGGCCAGCCUGCACACACUGCACCUUGACCACAACCUCAUCGACCACAUCAUGGAGGGCUCCUUUGGGGAGAUGUACAAGCUGGCUCGGUUGGACUUGACAUCGAACCGGCUACAGACUCUGCCCCCCGACCCCCUGUUUGCCCGUUCGCAGACCGGUGUGAUAAGUCCCACCCCAUACAAUGCAGUGGUCAGCCUGACUUUUGGUGGCAACCCGCUGCACUGCAACUGCGAGCUGCUGUGGCUCCGCCGGCUGGUGCGGACAGACGAGAUGGAGACAUGCGCCACCCCCGUGCACCUAUCCGGCCGCUACUUCUGGUCCAUCCCUGAGGAGGAGUUCAUCUGUGAGCCCCCACUCAUAACCCGGCACACACACAAGCUCUGGGUGCUGGAGGGCCAGCGGGCGUCCCUCAAGUGCCGCGCCAUCGGCGACCCUGAGCCGGUCAUCCACUGGGUGUCCCCAGAUGACCGCAUUGUAGCCAACACCAGCCGCAGCCAGUCGUACCGCAAUGGCACGCUGGACCUGCUGGUGACGCGAGCUCGCGAUGACGGUGCUUACACCUGCAUUGCCAUCAAUGCUGCCGGUGAGGCCACUGCUACAGUGGACCUGAAGAUCAUCCCCUUGCCCCACCGGGGCAACAGCACUGUGCCGCUCGUUAACGGCCGGGACCCUGGCUCCUCCGAUAUCACCACCGGGAAAACCGGGGGUGGAGGGGGGGUGAGUGGCAGUGGUGGCGCACUGGCAGUCGACGCGGACACCACAGGCGGGGAGGACGAUGCAGGAGAGGGUGUCGCAGGAGGAGACCCGGGGGUGGGAGUCCAGGGAGUGACGUCCACCUCGGCACAGGUGCGCUGGGACCAGAGUAGCGCCUACCUGGUGUGGAUGUACCAGAUUCAGUACAACUGCACUGCCGACGAGACCCUGGUUUACAGGAUACUGCCCUCAACCAGCAACAGCUUCCUGCUGAAAAACCUGGUUUCCGGGGUGGAUUACAACCUGUGUGUUCUCGCCAUCUUCGACGACACCAUCACCUCCCUGGCCGCCACCAAGGUGCUGGGCUGCGCCCAGUUCAGCACUAAGGACGAUUACCCAGAAUGCCGCUCACUGCAGGCUCACUUCCUGGGCGGGACGCUGACGCUGAUGGUGGGCGGGGUGGUGGUGGUGACCCUGCUGGUGUUCACCGUCACCAUGAUGGUGCGGCACAGGGCAUGCAGCGACCAUGGCGUCCCACGUGGUGACGGCGAGGAGGCCGGCUGUCACGGCUCGUCCUCGCCCCCGCUACCCAAAGGGACCAACGUGUACUCACAGACCAAUGGGAGUGGGGGGGUGACAAUGGUGGUGCUGCCCCAGCAGGACGAAGUCAGGGGGGCACUCCCCAAGGUCAAACCUCCAACCCUCCCCAAGCCCAAGUUCGUCCCGGAGCAGUUCCGUGUGGGGGCCACAAAAAACAGCUCAGGGGUAGUUUUUCCAAAUAAACAGCUCCUGCCUUACACCCCCGAGGCUGAAAAGGCUGCCCUGUACCACAGCCCACCUGCUCAUGCCUCCACGUUACCCAAGCAAAUCAAACGGCGCCCCCUAGAGGAGGGCGACACAAUGAAAAGGGCCAAACUGAGACUGCCCGUUCUGUAUGGGUAUGACGAAGGCGUGACGGAGUGGAGGUACAGUACGGUGGGAGGGGCAGUGGUGAAGCGAGGGGGCGGCAGCAACUGGAGGUCCUCCAGUGCCUACCAGAGCCCACCUCCCAGGAGUCCCUCCCCCAGCCCCAGAGUGACAGCCGGCCGAUCCAGACGCAGCUCUUCUCUCGAUAUGGGCGAGAUCGCCACCAGCGCCUACUACAGUUAUGCUAAGCGACUGAGCGUCAUGUGGACGCGGCGGAGCCAGUCGCUUCACGGCAUGCUGGCCCAGUGCGCUUCCAGCCCCGCAGAAGCCCACGCCACCCGAGGGUACCUACGCGCCUGCAACACCAACAACUCCAACUGUAAGGCAGGCACUGAGGCCAAAGCCAGGCAGCUGGAGGAGAGCGUGGUGUAGGGGGGGUUGUGGGGGACGGGGGACACAGGUGGGCCCGGGAUGGGCAGGGCCCAGCAUGCUCCUCACCCGACGAUGGAAGUACAAAUUAUUACAGACCCUCACACUGGAUCGGCAUCAGAUCAGCGCUGGAUCAGAACUGGCAGAGGGGAUCAGCAAAACAUCAAUAAAUAAAUCAGUAAAUAAAAAGAGUAACAGAACAAAGCCAUUGUUAGAAACUUGGAUUGUCAAGAUGGCACAUGGUGUGCACACACACACACACACACACACACACACACACACCAUGUUUGUAUUCAUAUCACUGUGGGGACCGUCCAGUCAUUUCUAUGGGAAAAACCCUAAUCCAAAUAAUUACAACUGAUACCCCUACUCAGCCCUACACUUAACUAUAAGUAACCAAACAAAAUCUUUUUCAGUUCUUGAUGGCAAUAACAGAUUUUUAGAAAACUGAGUUUCCCUUUGUGGGGACGAAAUAAAUGGUCCCCACAAUGUCAAAAACAACAGGUUUUUAUCACAUUGUAGGACAACGUCCCCACAACGUUAUAUAAACAUAAAUCAUGCACACACACACACACACACACACACAGAUACACACACCAAUGGAAAUCAGUCAUGCACACCAGUGCACAAGUACACACCCACUAGUGAAAAUCAUUUAUGUAAAGGAAAUUAAAUAAUUAACAGGGGGAGAAAAUGAUAAAGCAGAGUACAGGAAAAGUAAGAGUUACACAGACACUGCCUAUGUGUUUGCAGGAUGGUCAAAGCAACGUUCAGCAACCAACACUCAAAUUACUGCCACUAACGUCGAACAUGAACCGAGGGGAAAAUGUAAAAUUGAAGCAAUGACAGGGCUGUGGUGGAACAGAAAUGCAGAGCGAGGGGCCCGACCUGGACUCAGAACCGGGAUAAGGGUCCAGGAAGAUGGCUGACGUAUGGACCCAGAUACGGGGGAAAAGAACCAGCGAAAUCGAUUGGGAGUAAGACAUUCAGAGCGACCAUCUGUGACAACAACAAAGAAGCGUGGAGGCAGGAAGGGCUCAGGCAAGUGGGGAAGCUGCUGCAGACACUGAUUAGACAUGACGCUGACACUGAAACCUCAGCGUAUAACAGCUAUAUCAGUGAGGAUGGAAGCUCCCCUAUUUCCCUCAUGCAUAACCGAUGGCGACCCAGCGGGCGCAAGCCAAUCACAUCUCUUGCAGGGCCAGUGAUUCCUGGCUUCUCCGCUGGUCGCUGUUUCGUUACGGAGUAAACAAGAGGGUGUGACAGAAAGAGUCAGCCUAAGGAUGUGUUAGGGAAGGCAGAAGGCCACGUGUGUCUGAACCGCCAGUGUGUCAGUGAACACCAUGCCCCCCCCCCCCAAAUCCCAUCGAGGUGUUCUAGUGCAUUUUUAAGGAACAGACUCACUACAAAGAAUGAUUAAGCACCCUUAAGCAGAAUAUACUAGGGAUUCCUAAGGUUUCUGAAGUGGAUAUGAAUGGCCCAGGGUGGAUUUGAUGUUCCCUACAAAACGAUGCAAUGAAUGUGGAAAGAUGGAGAGACUCUGUACGGAGCCGUGAUGGAGCACUAAAAACACUACGUUAAUGGAUGUGGUUACUAUACAUUUUCCUGUUUUCAGAUUUCAUUAGAACAAGAUGAAGUGCCAUUUUGUUUAAAUAAUUUUAAGUAUUAUGAUCAUUAUUGCUAUUAUUGAGGUUAUAUAAUUAUCAAAUAAUCAAUAAUAACGAUGAUCAUCCUAAUAAUUGUUCAUGUAUUACCUUAUUUUUCCAGAGUAAAUAUUGUUACCUCGACUUGAUAUUCUGAUUAAAAUAUGAAAAAAUCAUGCAUUACAAAGGAUGCAUUUAAUGUAUAUGAAUUAAACGAGUUUAUGCAGCUACCUUUCCAACUCCCCCUACCAUAGUUCACCUUCCUCAGUGGAUUAAAAAGAAAUGAUGGCUCAGGGCAUGGCCAGCUGGGUGUGAGGCGUUCGGGUCUGUUCUCUGAGUCCUGCACGCGCAUGUCUGCGUGCAGCAGUGGUGUAGCAACCAGGUGUGCGCUGCAAGCCCCGUGUGCGCAUGUCUUCCGGCACCAGUGAUACAGCGGCCAGGUCUGUGUUGCGAGCCUUGUAGCUGCAUGUCUUUGUGCAGCAGUGGUGUAGCAGCCAGGUCCGUGCUACGUGCCCUGUGGGCGCAUCUCUGCGUGCAGCAGAAGUGGGACAGCCAGGUCCAUACUGUGAGCACUGCAGUCGCAUGUCGGCGUGCAGCUGUGCUGUGUCAUGCUAUUUUCUGUUCACUCGCAAUUUUCUGUUUUGUACUUCGACUGCAGCCUCUAUUAGUGAGAAAGUUAAAUGUGCUUAUAUUGCGUCUGGGGUAAUAGAGGAGGGGUCGGGGAAGUGGAACAGACUGCUGACACAGAGAAAGAGGGCUGGGGAGGCAGGGGCUGUGUGGACUGGGCUUCUAAGCUGUCCCACACAGGAGCCUUAAUGC